GACGAGCCGUCGUGGGGUCCUCACCGCCUGGCGCUGCUCGUCCCUUUCCGGGAGCGCUUCGAGGAGCUGCUGGCCUUCGUGCCCUACAUGCACCGCUUCCUGAGCCAGAAGAGGAUCCGUCAUCACAUCUUCAUCCUCAACCAGGUGGAUCAUUUCAGGUUUAACAGGGCGUCCCUGAUCAACGUGGGCUUCCUGGAGAGUGGUAAUGACACCGACUACAUCGCGAUGCAUGACGUCGAUCUCCUGCCCCUGAACGAGCAGCUGGACUACGGCUUCCCAGAGGCAGGGCCUUUUCAUGUGGCAUCCCCGGAGCUGCACCCACUCUACCACUAUAAGACCUAUGUGGGCGGCAUCCUGCUGCUCACCAAGCAGCACUAUGAGAUGUGCAAUGGCAUGUCCAACCGCUUCUGGGGCUGGGGACGGGAGGACGAUGAGUUUUAUCGACGUAUCAAAGGAGCUGGUCUCCAGGUUCGCCGUCCCUCUGGAAUCACAACUGGAUACGAGACUUUCCAGCACCUCCAUGACCCAGCCUGGAGGAAGAGGGAUCAGAAGCGCAUCGCCGGGCAGAAGCAGGAGCAGUUUAAGGUGGAUCGGGAGGGAGGUCUGAACAAUGUCAGGUACCGAAUCGAGUCACGGACAGCUCUGAGUGUGGCAGGAGCCCCUUGCACCGUCCUUAAUAUCUUGCUGGACUGUGAUGCAAGCGAGACCCCUUGGUGCACGUUUGGCUGAGCUCAUUUUCCACGUGCCAGUUGUUUCGCUGUGCUUGUGCCAAGAUGCUGGGGCUGCUGCCGAGCUGCUGGGGGCCGGCAGGAUUUUUGCAGUGGAUGAGCACGGCAGUGCUGGUGAGAUGCAGAGGAACAGAAAAGGCCAAGAACCAGACUUCACCGGGACCAACAGAAGAGGCUGAGAGCAGGACUCC